AUGAGCCCCUCGCCGGGGCCGGAGAACCCCCAGCUGGGAGUGUUUCAGGGGUCGUACCUCCAGCACCCCUUCCGCUCCUCUGCAGCCCCAGCUUCAAGAGGAACCCACCCACAGGGCAUCUCUUUGAUGUGUCACGAGAACUCCACCCGUUCUCUCCACACCCCACCCAUCCCCAGAACUCUACCCGUACUCUCCACAACCCCACCCAUCCCCAGAACUCUAACCGUGCUCUCCACAACCCCACCAUCCCCAGAACUCUGCCCGUACUCUCCUCAACCACACCCAUCCCCAGAAAUCUACCCCGUGCUCUCCUCACCCCACCCAUCCCCAGAACUCUACCCGUGCUCUCCUCACCCCACCCAUCCCCAGAACACUACUCGUACUCUCCUCACCCCACCCAUCCCCAGAACUCUACCCGUGCUCUCCUCAACCCCACCCAUCCCCAGAACUCUACCCGUGCUCUCCUCACCCCACCCAUCCCCAGAACUCUACCGUGCUCUCCUCAACCCCACCCAUCCCCAGAACUCUACCGUACUCUCCUCACCCCACCCAUCCCCAGAACUCUACCCGUACUCUCCUCACCCCACCCAUCCCCAGAACACUACUCGUGCUCUCCUCACCCCACCCAUCCCCAGAACUCUACCCGUGCUCUCCUCAACCCCACCCAUCCCCAGAACUCUGCCCAACUCUACCCGUGCUCUCCUCACCCCACCCAUCCCCAGAACACUACUCGUACUCUCCUCACCCCACCCAUCCCCAGAACUCUACCCGUACUCUCCUCAACCCCACCCAUCCAUAGAACUCUACCCGUGCUCUCCUCACCCCACCCAUCCCCAGAACUCUACCCGUGCUCUCCUCAACCCCACCCAUCCCCAGAACUCUACCCGUACUCUCCUCACCCCACCCAUCCCCAGAACUCUACCCGUGCUCUCCUCACCCCACCCAUCCCCAGAACUCUACCGUGCUCUCCUCAACCCCACCCAUCCCCAGAACUCUGCCCGUACUCUCCUCACCCCACCCAUCCCCAGAACACUACCCGUGCUCUCCUCACCCCACCCAUCCCCAGAACACUACCCGUGCUCUCCUCAGCCCCACCCAUCCCCAGAACUCUACCCGUACUCUCCUCACCCCACCCAUCCCCAGAACUCUACCCGUACUCUCCUCAGCUCCACCCAUCCCCAGAACUCUGCCGUGCUCUCCUCAACUCCACCCAUCCCCAGAACUCUGCCGUGCUCUCCACAACCCCACCCAUCCCCAGAACCCUACCCGUGCUCUCCUCAGCUGCACCCAUCCCCAGAACUCUACCCUGCUCUCCUCAACCCCACCCAUCCGCAGAACUCUGCCCGUGCUCUCCUCAACCCCACCCAUCCCCAGAACUCUACACGUGCUCUCCUCACCCCACCCAUCCCCAGAACUCUACCCGUGCUCUCCUCAACCCCACCCAUCCCCAGAACUCUACCUAACUCUACCCGUGCUCUCCUCAACCCCACCCAUCCCCAGAACUCUGCCCGUGCUCUCAACAACUCCACCCAUCCCCAGAACUCUGCCCGUGCUCUCCACAACUCCACCCAUCCCCAGAACCCUACCCAACUCUACCGUGCUCUCUCUCCUCCCACCCAUCCACAGAACUCUACCCGUGCUCUCCACACCCCCACCCAUCCCCAGAACUCUACCCGUGCUCUGCUCAACUCCACCCAUCCCCAGAACCCUGCUCUCCCAAACUCCUAA